CGAAAAUCUCCCGGCAGCGUAGAGCGCGCUAGGGGCCGUCGCAAAGCCAUGGAAUGGAAUCGUGUUGGGUUUGCCCUCAUUCUCCUCCUCGAAGUUUUCGGCGCCUUGGCGAUCAUCGUGAACCUCGUUUUCUUCCUAUGGCACAAGCGUUGGCGAUCUCUUCUCGAUCGUAUCCGAAAAGGCUUAAAGCCCUUGAUCUUCGCGAAGGAUGGAGAUCCAGCCGUCCUUGAAAAGUUUCAUUGGAUCCAGUGUCGCCUUAUCGUGCAAGGUUCGAAGGUAUUUCUUUGUGCCCUCUUUCUGCGGAUGGUGGCAAUUCAGCAGGCCAUGUACAAUGGAGAACCUCAUAGUCUUCAACCCUCAUUGGAUGUCUCGAAUAUCCUGUCAGCCUACAUAUGUUCUUUGACCAUCCUAAGCAAAGAUUACUGGACGCCAAAGCUCUUGAAUUUGUGGUUUAUCCCCAUGCACUUCACCUGUUUGUUGCCGCUGCUGUUGGCAGAUGUCAACGAAGUCAGAGAUGUGGCCUACAUCAUCCUAUUGCCAUCUUUCAUGAUUGGCUUAUGCUCAAAGGCCGCCUGGCUCUUUGUUGUGGGCAACGUGGCAACUUUCGCAACUGCCGCAUACAGGGUAGCUCAGUCGAAUGAGUCUGUCAGCAUGACUGACAUCUUAUCCUACGUAGCAAGUUGUUUCUUGGUCAUUGGUGUUGUGCAUGCGAUCCGGAUGCAGAUGAUGCAGAACGUGAAGAUGGGGUUGAGGCUGAAGGUAAGAACCAUUGAUUUAGAGGCCGUAUCAGCUUUGCUUCUGGGUUUCUGUGACGCAGUAGUGGAGACUGAUGAGAAGCUUCACUUGACAGAAGAUUCCCGGCAGCUUUCGACGAUGCUCCUGCAAGGGCAGCGUGGGCGCGGGGAUUUGGAUGGAAGUGAUCUCCUGAGUUUCUUUUGCAUCGAAGAUCGGGAACACAUCAGGCGGUCCUUGAAAGCCAACAACAACAAUACAACAAUGGCGCUGAAUGCUCGCAUGCUGGAUUCUUUGGGAAACACGCUUCGGGUAGAAUUGCUGCACAUCCAGUUCAGCAACUCCGAUGGUGAAUUGUGUCAUUUGGUGGGCAUGAGGGAGUUUCAAGACGUUGGCGUACCCCAAGUGGACGAUUGCCGCAGCCCCAACCUUCUAUGGGACCAGGCUGUGCAAGAGAUUCUGCGAAAGGCAGACACCUCGCUGAUGUUUGAUGCCAGCACCUUCGAUAUCCUCACUGUCAGUGACGGUUUCCAGCUCUUCAGUCAGGCAAAUGGACUGGAAGAAUGCUUUGAAGGCUUAAGUGUCUUCAAUUUGUGCACAGAGACUGGACCCCAAUCAUUUACGUGCCGCAUGCAAGAUGCUGUGAAUGCUUUCGAUGAGACUGCUUCUUGCCAAGAUGUGAUUUUCCUAAGAAAGGUCGAGUUGUUUGGUCAAGAAGUAGACCUCGUCGUGAGCUUCCAGCAGGACUCGGUUCUGAAUACCCUUGUGGGAAAUGUCGUCAUUAUUUCCGACUCUGACCUGCAAUCAGAAAUGCUUCUGGCGUAUCAAAGCCAAGCAAUGCGACGAUUCCCAAGCAACAACAGUAGCAUAGGUCAACUUGCCACCACUGCACCAACGCAGUCAGGAGGGCUGACUCCAAGCAUGGUGAUGGGUCACAGCAUCGGAGGCAGCCGCAGUCAACCACAACGCAAUCAACUUCGAGGUUCUGCAGUUGUCCCCCGUGUCACAUUGUGAUGUUUCAAGGAGCAAAUUGUGAAACUGAUUGGUACGUCUCCAUAAGAGUGGGGAUGGGAUGCAAGACAAGUCAGGGAGUGCAU